AUGUCGAGCCGGGCUGGUGGGACGGCGAGGGGGGAUGCGGGCGGGGAGGAUGGCGACGAGGAUGAGGAUUUUGACGAUGAGGGGGAGCUGCUGAGGGGUGAGGAAGGGGUGACGGAUACGGAGGCCGAGAAGAAGAAUCUGGCUUUACUGGUGGAUGCGUUCAAUCCUAUUCAGUCGGAGCGAUACGAUCUAUUCAAACGGGCCAAGCUGCGCAAGGAGACGCUGCGGCGGAUUGUCAACCACGCGCUGUCCCAGUCUGUUCCCGCCAGUGUCGUGACGACCAUCAACGGUUUCACCAAGGUCUUUGCGGGCGAGAUCAUCGAGAAGGCGAGGACCGUUCAGGCCGAGUGGGCUAUCGCGCAUGAUCAGGCCGCGCGCGCUGCCUUUGACGCCGAAGAGGCCGAGGCCGACGCCAGGGCAGCCGAAGCAGCGGCGAGGGCAGCCGCAGCCGCAGCCGCCUCCGCUACGCCGGCGACGGGGGUUCAGGGACAGAGCCAGCCCCAGCCGCCGGUCAAGCAGGAGCACUCGGACAGCAAUCGCUCCACUCCAAUCCCUCCUUCAUCGUCCUCUCCCAUGCCGCAACAGCAGAUCUCGCAACCGUCCACACCUUCUAUAUCUGGCCUUCCGCAGCAGCUGCAGCAACCCCCUCUAGCACGACCGAAAAGGGAAUUCAAACCGCCGCCUAACCCUCACCGGGGCCAACUCCUACCUUCUCAUCUUCGCGAGGCAUUGCGACGGUACAAGCGCGACAGCGAGGGCGGUGGUGUCGGUUUCUCGGGGUUGAGUAUGGGAAACUUGGGACCGGAUGUGGUGAGGAGAAUUGACCAGCCCCUAGAAAGGCAUUCCGAGAAUAUCGUCGUCGAAGCGGCGGCGGCGGCGGACGACACGCACUCUCUGCAGGCCGUGGAUUUGGUUGUGCUCGCGCCCAUGCUGAUCGAGGUACACCUGGACGUGGCGCAGAAGCACCCUCAGGACAUCGACGACGGCCAAGAGGAUGAGUAUCUUGGCGGCUGUGUGAAGGAAGACGAUCAGGCUGGCGGUCUUCGUAAUCGGGGAGUUCAGAGCGAUUAG